CUGCCCAUCCUGCCACUCACCUGCUGAUCCAAGAUGAAGCUGAUCCUGACUCUCUGCAUUACCUGGGCUCUUCUCCUCACAGGGGAGUCACUGCAGUGUUUCACCUGUACUAAUGCAACAUGCACAAAUCCACCAGUCAACUGCUCAUCAAACUCUGUAUGUCAGUCUACAACCACGUCUUCAAGCGAGAAAGAACAAUCUGUAAAUAAGUCCUGUGUAGCGGCAUCCAACUGCAUGACACCUCUGAACGUCACGACAACACAACUGUCCGUGAACCUGGGCUUCGCAAACUUUCGUCAAACUCAGCUCUGCUGUGACCAAGACGGCUGCAACAACCAGACUCUACCCGAACCGGUUCCCAAUUCCAAUGGCCGAAAGUGUCCUUCCUGCAGGAAUGUGUUCGACACGGUGUGUAACACCCCUGUGGACUGUGUGGGAGUGGAGGAUAACUGCAUUAGCGUCAAUGUGACUGGUUCAAUCAACACUGUCCUGAAGGGCUGUGCAUCCUCAAGUCUGUUCAAUGCAUCUCUCAUAACCUCCUUCCUGCCAUCUGUCCUGCCAUCUGUCCUGCCUUCUAACCUGCCUUCUAACCUGUCUUCUAACCUGCCUUCUAACCUGCCUUCUAACCUGUGUUCUAACCUGCCUUCUAACCUGCCUUCUAACCUAUUAUCAGCUGUAGACUUUAAUGUAUACUGUAACACAGCCCCCUCUACUACUGGUCCAGUGAGUGUAGUCCUCAUGGCAAUGUGGCUUCCUAUGAUGGUCAAACUUACCUACUAAAAAACACAAACACACCAUCUUUAACAUGCAGAACAAAAACGUUUUGUGAUAUGAUUGUCAGAAGAUGCAAUUAUAAACAUGACAGUGUGUUUUACAUUUGGCUUUUAUACAAAGAAACAAAUUUUGACAACAUUUCUACAAAUGUUUUUUCAAUUGUCUUGUGCUGCCACAAGUAAUGAAGGGGAAUAUGGUUAUUGCUGUAUCUGUAUUUAGUUAAUUAUAUUUUAUCAUUGAAAUUCAACAUUAAUCUGCUUUAUUUUACUGUUCAUAUAGUUGAACAUUUCUAUUUCUAACAGGAAAAUGUGUUAUAUAGUUAUUUAGGAAGAGUUAAAGGCAUGGUAGGCAAUGUUGUUGAGAAGCACUUUUUUUCUUAUCUUAUCUUUGCUGAAAUAAACUUCACAUAUUGAUAGAAACCAUACAUAUAAAGGUUUGACAGGAACAUGAAAUCAAUAAGACAUCUGUGGGCGUCACAAGACUGUAAUAAACACAACCUAUCCGUCUACCUACCCACCUGCGCACACUCUGCCCCUGCACUCAAAACUACUGUGGUUUUGUGGGAGUGGUUUUAAAGGGAGGGGGUGGGAUAUUUUGGGUUGAAUUGUGUCAAACAGAAGCUAAAAUAUCUAGCUUCGCAAAGCUUGCCUACCCUGCCUUUAUGACAUGACUAUAUAAUGUUCAGUGAAAACCUGCAUGUUUCUGAUGGAUCCAUUUUGGGUUCCUGUCUGACACAUUUUUGAAGGAAUUGUUGGUAAAAGACUUUAUUAAAGAAAACUUCCCAAAUAGAAUGCCUUUACCUUAAAACCUUUCUACAAAAGUUACAAUUAAAGGUACAACUUGUCUGUGUGACUUGUCUGUCCAUCUAUCCAAUAAAAAUAUAUUAUAUCUUU